GAUCCCUAUAUAUGCAUUCUCGGUCCUCUCACACUACAGACAAGUAGCUUGGUUCCCAAAGAAACCCUGCUCACUUUAUAAUUUAUGGAACUUAUUUCCCAAUAAUUUGCUGUAAAAUCCAACAAUUGGCUUUUGGCUCCCACAAUUGCCAUGGCCUUGCCGCCAUCGAUGCUGCAAACUAUAUGUUUCCUAUACGCCGCCCUUCUCCUGCUCUCUUCAUCUUCAGCUGACCCAAUUCGCCAGCAAUAUGUUGUUUACAUGGGAAGUUCAUCUUCAUCAGCAAAUGGCGGCGAGUUCGCCCCAGAAUCUGCGUACUUGCAGAUGUUAUCCUCUGUUACUGAAAGCGAUGACGGCGGGGAGAUGGGGUUGGUCCGCCGCUACCAACACGCUUUCAGGGGCUUCUCCGCCAUGCUUACAGAGGAUCAAGCUUCUGCUCUGUCUGGACAAGAAGGGGUGAUAUCAGUGUUCCCAGAUCCAAUCCUGAAACUUCACACGACGAGGUCGUGGGAUUUUCUGGAGUCAAUGUCAGGAUUAAGUAAUUUGAUGAGCAGCAGCAAUUCUUCUUCUUCUUCUUCUUCUACUUCAGGGCAUCACAUUUCCGGCGUCCCUUCACCUCGACGCGAUGUGAUCAUCGGAGUAAUCGACACUGGAAUAUGGCCAGAGUCGCCGAGUUUCAAUGACGAGGGAAUUGGUGAAAUCCCUUCACGGUGGAAGGGAAUCUGUAUGGAAGGUUCUGAUUUCAGAAAAUCCAACUGUAAUAGGAAGCUGAUAGGCGCAAGAUACUACGGCACUGAACGAACCUACAAUGACAACAAAACCCACUCUUCAAAACCCAAGGGCUCACCGCGCGACACCGUCGGCCAUGGCACCCACACGGCCUCCAUCGCCGCCGGCUCUCCUGUCGCCAACGCAAGCUACUAUGGCCUCGCGCGUGGCACGGCCAAAGGCGGGGCGCCCUCGGCUAGGAUCGCCGUGUACAAGGCCUGCUCGGAGGACGGAUGCUCCGGUUCAACACUCCUGAAGGCGAUCGAUGAUGCGAUCGCCGACGGCGUCGAUUUCAUCUCCAUCUCCAUCGGAAUGAGCUCGACUUUCCAGGCCGAUUUCCUCGAAGAUCCGAUUGCAAUUGGAGCUUUCCACGCGCAAGAAAAGGGUGUUACGGUGGUGUGCUCCGCUGGGAACGAAGGCCCUCAGCUGAACACCGUUGUUAACUCCGCACCGUGGAUUUUCACUGCUGCGGCUUCUAAUAUUGAUCGGGAUUUUCAGUCGACUCUGGUUCUUGGAGAUGGGCGAACUUUCAAGGGAUCCACCAUUAAUUUUUCAAACCUCCGUCGCUCGAGGACGUACCCUCUCGUAUUUGGAGCAGGAGCUGCUUCUAAUUUCACCCCAAUAUCUGAAUCAAGCAACUGCUAUCCAGGAUCACUUGAUAGAAACAAAGUUGCGGGAAAGAUUGUAGUUUGCGUUGCAAGUGAUUUCAGUAUCUCAAGGAGGAUAAGAAAAAUGGUAGUGGAAGACGCAAGAGGUAGAGGGAUGAUUCUGGUCAACCCGGAGGACACUGGUGUCCCAUUUGAUUCAGGCACUUUCCCCUUUAUUGAAGUUGGGGGUCGCUAUGGAACUUCGAUUCUGAAGUAUAUGAACAAAACCAAGAACCCCAAAGGGACUAUCUUAGCAGCGGUUGAUGUACCAGGAUACAGACCAGCUCCAUCCGUGGCGUAUUUCUCUUCUAGAGGGCCGGGACCCCUGACAGAAAACAUUCUCAAGCCUGAUGUAAUGGCUCCCGGAGUUUCCAUUUUAGCUGCCUUUCCUCCUAAGAAUGUUACUGGGACCGUACCAGCUGGAGAGAAGCCGUCCUGGUAUGCUUUGAAAUCAGGAACAUCCAUGGCUUGCCCUCAUGUGACUGGUGCUGCUGCUUUCGUCAAAUCUGUGCAUCCCAAGUGGAGCCCUUCCAUGAUAAAAUCCGCACUCAUGACAACAGCCACUGUUUUCAACAACCUGGGGAAACCAGUGAUGAACAACUCAAGGCAAUCGGCUAGCCCACACGAGGCUGGAGCUGGAGAAAUAAACCCAAUCAAAGCUCUCAAUCCAGGACUGGUCUUCCACACAACAACGCUAGAUUACCUCCGGUUCCUCUGUUACUAUGGAUUGUCCAACAAAGACAUAAAAUCUUUGUCUCCGCGCACCAACUUCACUUGCCCAUCAAACUCUACAAACAAUGACCGCCUCAUGUCCAACCUCAACUACCCAUCAAUCUCCAUCGCUGUGCUUUCUCGACGCCGCAUUGGUCGAGCUGCCACUGCCACUCAGACCAUCACCAGAACAGCAACAAACGUUGGACAUGUCAACUCCACCUACAUUGCCAUGGUCCAUGCUCCUAGUGGGUUGAGAGUGGAGGUUCUGCCGCGGAAAUUGGUUUUUACAGAACGGGUAGGGAGACUAACUUUCAGAGUGGUAUUUAAUGGGACGAAAGCUCCUCGAGGUUACAAUUAUGGGUCCUUGACAUGGCGUGAUGGUCGCCGCCAUUUGGUGCGCUUAGUAUUUGCAGUGAAUGUUGAAUGAUGAAUGUUAGGCCUUGUAGGGAUCAUAAUUGUUACGAGAUGCGAUUUUAUUUUCGUUUAUAAUGAGAUGUAUUGUUUACGACUUUGCGUACCUGUGUUGCUUGUGGUUCCUUUUAAAUUUCCUUGCUCUUUAGGUUAAGGAUGCCACCUACACGACACGAGGCUUUGACAAAGAUGAAUUCUCCUUUUAUUAGAACUAGUUUUGUGCCCGUCCGAUGGGCGGCGAGUGUUAUCUAUUUGUACUUUUCCUUCUAUUAUUUGUUAUUUUUUCAAUGGUAUCAUAUUCC